AUGAGGGCUAAUAACUUCAGUCGAAACAGCAGGCAGCUCAGCUUCUCGCGGAAGCAUAAACCUGCCGGCGUGAAGGGCACCUGGAUAGAUCCCUUUUCCACCGAGGCGUGGUGGAAUGCAAAUAACGGAAACAAAGUAUCUAAGCGUGAGCAUGUAUUUGCAUUCGCGCAUGCGAAACCUAGCACCGAGCUUCACGAGAUUCUCAAACGCCAGCUUGAUUGUUCCGAUUCUGAAUCCCCCGGAGUCUGCCUUCGCGACCGAGACCGCCUGCUCUGCUACAGCCAGUCCAGCGGCAUUGGUGUAUAUGAAGAUGGCUACAAGCUCAACUUCAUCACCGGUGAUUACACCACACCAACCGGGGAGAAGGGCAAUGUUCAAUUCGGUCCUUGCCCUGGCGCUGUGUAUAAUGAGGAAGAUGACGGCAGGCGCUGCACCCGCGAUCCAACCCCAACAAUCACCGCCACGACGUCCGCUGGCUCCGCGUCGCGAACUGCGCCAUCUGAUGGUUCAGAUACAGCAGACACUAUCACCACAUCAACGGCAGAUAGCCGUGCGGCUGCGACUUUACAUCCAAACGUAAUGCCAAUGCUUUUCGCGGCUGGUGGUCUGCCAUGGCUGCUGCAGAUUUGA